UUAGUUUUAUUAGUCCUAUAUAUAUAUAAACCAACGCUCCUCGCUUAGUUCUCACAUAACACCAUACCCAACCCAACAACAAACCAAUACCAAAACCAAGAACCUCCAUUACUCUCUCUCUCUCUCUCUCUCUCUUUUUCUUCUUUCUUCUUCAAAGUUUAAGGAAGUUGGCAAUUUUGUCUGCUAUUUCUGCAGCUCACCAAAGUAGAGAGUUUAAAGUUUGAAGCUUCUUUUAUGUCUGAACGGGCUACUCUCUUUUUGUCAUCAAUUGGCUUGCUUGGGGAGUACUGUCCAAAAUCAAGAAAAAAGAACAGACAUACAGCUGAUAAAGUUGGCUGCAUGCAUCUUGGCUUAUCAGAGGGCUAUAACACACACUGUUUGGGUAGCCAGUUUGUGCGUCCUUUUCCAAUUGCGAAUUUUACUGGUAAAGGAGAAUCAAGAAAUACUGCUGCUGCUGACUUGUGCAUCUUCUGAUAAACUUAAUCCUGCAGUUUGACACUGUUAGUAACAAGAUGGCAUUGCAAAACAUUGGUGCUGCAAACCGCGAUGAUGCCUUCUACAGGUAUAAAAUGCCAAAAAUGAUAACUAAGAUUGAAGGUCGCGGAAAUGGCAUCAAGACUAAUGUGGUCAAUAUGGUUGAGAUUGCAAAGGCCCUGGCUAGACCUGCUUCUUACACAACAAAGUACUUUGGGUGUGAGCUUGGAGCCCAAUCCAAAUUCGAUGAGAAGACUGGAACUUCCCUUGUUAAUGGUUCCCACGAGACUGCAAAGCUUGCUGCACUUCUUGAGAACUUCAUUAAGAAAUAUGUUCAGUGCUACUACUGUAACAACCCUGAAACUGAGAUAUUGAUCACUAAAGCACAGAUGAUAACCCUGAAAUGUGCUGCAUGUGGAGCUAUUUCAGAUGUUGAUAUGAGGGACAAACUGACUUCUUUUAUUCUCAAGAACCCACCUGAGCAGAAGAAGGGAUCAAAAGACAAGAAGGCAAUGAGGAGGGCUGAAAAGGAGCGGCUUAAGGAAGGGGAGGCUGCUGAUGAGGAGCAGAAGAAGCUUAAAAAGGAGGCAGUGAAGAAGAAAGGUUCAAAGGAUGUUGCUUCCAAAGCAUCAACAAAGAAGAAAAGCAAUAGCUCUGAUGAGGAUCACUCCCCAGCCAACAGCCAUGCUGGUGAGAAUGACCAAGCAGAUGACGAUGACGAUGAUGUCCAGUGGCAGACAGACACUUCAUUAGAGGCAGCUCGGCAGCGCAUUCAGGAGCAGUUAAGCGCUGCUACUGCUGAAAUGGUCAUGCUUUCUACCGAUGAAGAGAAACAAAAGUCUGCAAAGAAGUCUCCAGUACAUGAAGUGAAGACCGAGAUCAAUGGACACAAGAACGGAAAUGGUCUUGCCACUGCCCAUGGAAGCCUUGUUGAUGAGAUUAGGGAAUACCUGAAGAAGGGUUCCUCUGCAGGUAAGCUGAAACCCUUUUUGGGUUCACUCUCUGGGACUCCCCAAGAAGUCAUGGAUGCCCUAUUUGAAGCUCUGUUUGAGGGCCUUGGAAAGGGUUUUGCUAAAGAGGUGACCAAGAAGAAGAACUACCUUGCAGCAGCCACUCAAGAAGAGGGAUCUCAGAGGUUUCUUUUGCAUGCUAUAGAAUCUUUCUGUGCUAAGGCGAGUCCUGAGGCUGCUAAGGAGGUAGCACUUGUUCUGAAAGCGCUUUAUGACCAUGAUGUGUUGGAGGAGUCGUCUAUAAUGGAAUGGUACCAGCAGGGCUUGAGUGGUGGCAAUAAAGCCUCUCAAAUUUGGAAGAAUGUCAGACCCGUCAUCGAUUGGCUCCAGAGUGCUGAGUCUGAAUCAGAAGAGGAGUGAUUCUGAAUGCCUUCACUUCACUUCACUUCACUUAGUUUGCCACUAGUCUAUAAAAAUAAAAUGUUUCAAGUGGUUUCGUUUUGUGUUUGAUGUUUAGUUGUCAAUUUGGUUUGGUUGCAGUAUUAUGGUACACUUACUAGCAUUGGGAUGGCUUUUAUGGGCCUUUAAGCUGCUCAAUGUUACGCUCUUGUCGUCGUCGUCUUUACUCUUUGGUGUUUUGUUUCUUGUGUGCGGGCCGUGUAUUUUACUUAAAAAGAGUCAAGACAGCGAAAGCUUGUAUUGUAUUGUGUUAAAUAGAGUGUUUGUUGUCUCGGUUAA